ACUGAACUGCGCCAAAAGCGCCAGACACAGACAGACAAAAACAGCUUCAGACUGAUACCGAGCAGGCGUUUCAUUUCCUGCAUUACAGAUAAACGACUGAUGUUAUAAUUAACAAACAAACAAAUCUUGAAACUGUCUUUAUAAUAGGUGGAUUCUUCAAUUAUAAUUUUGCCCUUCACCUUUGCACAGUCUUCAGCACAAUGACCAAGCUCCUGGAGUGGCUUCUUGGUGCGUCACUGAUCGGCAUGGCAUGGGGACUCGUUACCUUUGACCUCCUUGAUUUGCAGUUGCCUCCUCAGUAUAGAGAGCUGGUGUGGCCAAUGCCUGUUUAUCUGCUGGUGGUGUUUGGGUGUUAUUCACUGGCAACUGUUGGCUACCGUGUGGCCACAUUUAAUGACUGUGAGGACGCAGCCAAAGAGUUGCAAGCACAAAUAAAAGAAGCCAAAGAGGACUUGAAGAAGAAGGGACUGAAGAUGUGAGAAUAACAUCUUACUGUUUCUCACAUGCAUCAACCUUUUUUUUUUUCUCUUUUUUUUUUCUUCAUAAUACAAAUGCAAACAUAGUCAAAUUGUUUUUGUCUACUUUGUGAUGUCUGUACUAUAUGCUCAAAGCUGUCCCAACUUGGUUCAAGUCUUUUCUUCAACAUGAGGUAAAUAAUAGUUUGCAAUAAGUAAACAGCUGCACACCUGUGAAUGAUCUAUUUCCAGCAUUAUGACGGUCUUAUUUAAAACAUUACAGUCAGGCACAUGCACGUAUUGUCAAUGUAGAGCGGUGCUAUUUCUGUACAACCUCCAGAGUGUGUAUUUGCAUUGGCCGGGGAAUGAAUAUGUCUUUUUUUGAACCAGUUGUUUUUAGCAGAGUCAGAAUUCUGAGUCAGACUUAGAAACAAACCCACAAUGUAGAUUUGUGCUUGCACAAGGACAGCGUUUCAGUACAUCAAAAUAUGUGGAACAGAAUUUUGUUUUAAAAUAUAAACUAUUGGGACUGUGCUAAGACUCACAAACUUGUCCUUAUUUUUUUUUUUAAACCCUAAAUUAGGGUUCUAAGCAAUUUUUUGGUAUCCAAAUAGUUUAAAGCACUUCUUAACAGAAGGGCUUUUAAAAUUAAAAAUAAAUUUUUUGUUUGAUAUUGACAGCUGUCUGGGGAUUAUUUUAUGACACAAAAAUCUCUUUUUUACUUUACUGUAGGUUACUGAAAGUCUUAAGAGGUAGCAUAAUGUCUACCUGUCUAAUGUCUCUCUCUCUCUCUCUCUCUCUCUCUCUCUCUCUCUCUCUCUCUCUCUCUAUAUAUAUAUAUAUACAUAUAUAUAAUGUGUGUGCAUAUUACACGUUACAAAUGUUGUAUUUUUGGACCAGUUUUAAAGUUUUAUUAGAUUUUUGUUCCUGAAAUCCACCCUUCUGCUGGGAUCAUUAUAAUCCAGAUUAUUUUUAUUUUUAUUUUUUUGGACCAAAGGUAUCCCAGUCUUACUAAAGAGUUUUGAACAACACAAACUGAUGAUUUGAUCCAGAUCAAAACCAAGAUUGGAUUUUGUGAUCUAAUCUGAUUUCAGAAUCUUUUUUUCUUUUGAACAACCCAUUUUCAAGAUUUGAUUCAAUAGCUGAAAUCCGAUCAGAUUACUUUUGAACAACUUGCCCCCGGGGUUAAACACCAUCAUGUGAAAAGCCAUCAUGUGUGUUGAAAAAGACUAUUUUUAUUGUUUACCAUUUCUUUGUUUCCUCAGACAUGAGGAAAAUUAAUGUUUGAUACAAAAUACAGAGUGAUUAAUUCUCUGUUGUUUAAUUCUUGCUCUGCUGUACUCUGCCUUAGAUUCUGAUCUAAAAAAAAAAAAAUGAACUUCUGUGCACAUAAAUUCUGAAAUG